AUGAAAACUGCUAUUGCUUCACUUGUAAACCCUAAAUUUUCGAAAUUUUUUAUUCGUCUCAAAGAUCCAACUAAAAUAUAUUUUCCAGGAGAAGUUAUAAAUGGUAAUGGAUACGUUAUUAUUCAAGGUAGUAAAAUGGUUAGAGGUUCUUGCAUUAAGUUAGAAUUCAGAGGAAAGGUUAUGACAAAUAUUGUAGAAACAAAAGUAUUUUAUAUUAACGAGCAAUCUAUCAAACUCGAUGAUGAACCUGAAUUUGAUCCAAUAGAGACAUACCAACAAUUUUCAUUCAAUUUAACUUUACCUACAGACGAUUUAAUUUCAAAUUGUUCUUUAGCACACUGUUCUGUAUCAUAUAAAUUUAAAGCAUUAUUUAAACCAAAAUCAUGGUUGCCAGAUUCCACCUCACCUAAAUGUUCAGCCAGAGUUAAUAUUUUAGAUAAAGUUGAUAUUGUAAAUUAUUCACCACCUUUUAUUAAACCUUUUAGUAUAGAUGUCAAAGGAUCUGUAAAAAAAUCCAAAAAAAUGGGAUCUGCAAAAGUAGAGAUUGAAAUUGGCCAUGGUGCAGUUUUAAAAGGUCAAACCAUUCCGAUUCGAAUUUAUUUAGAACAUUUUGUGCCAAUUAAAAAUCUAGAUGGUGUUUUGAUAGCACUUUAUAGGAAAAUAAGUGCAGUUUCAAGCAGUGGAAAAGAAAAUUCCAAACUAAAAAUAAUGAAUGCAUCAACAUCACCAAUACUUAUUGAUCCAAAAACAUUAAAUGCAGUCAUUAAUACCAAAGAGAAAACAGGAAAAUAUAAUGCGAAUUUUAAUAUUCCGAUUAUUAUAGGAACAUUUGAUAGAAGAGGGGGAAGAGGAAGUCAAAAUAAUCAAUCGUUAGAAGUGCCAACUAUAAUUCAUUCACAUUUUAAUAGUCAUCCAAGUGAUUUAUCAACUAAUAGUGUGAUUUUAUGGACUGGAAAUGCAUCACCAACUCCUUCAGCUCCAUCAGUAGAAGAAAUAGGCUUAUACGAUGAUGAAUUUGAAUUAUAUUAUUCUACUGAAAUAAUACAAAAUUAA